GCCAGUGGCCGAGCAGACGCGAUAUGGAGCUGCGGAGCGCGCCGACGCCACGCGUGAGUAUGCGUUGAUCUAAGAGUUUGAAUGCGUAAUCAAAGCCUUUGAAUGGCGGAGAAUAACGACCAGAAAGACGUUGUCUUAUCUCCGAAAUUCGAGGUUUCGCUGAUUGCUUCUGCACCCGAUGGCGAUGGCCAUGGCCAGGCAGACCAGGCCGCGCCGUUUAUUGUGUCGAUGCCGUCGGAGGAAGAGGACUUCGCGGCGACUAAUGAUCGACAAAACGCUAUGUUUUUGUUUUCCGAAGACGAAGACCGACGCGUGUCCUCUCUAUUGUCUCGUUUGGCCAAUUAUGACGACGCCAUUCAACCCAUCGAUUGCGACACCAAGACUGCACAGCCGCAGAAGGCCAAUCUCGGAGUUCUGACCGGAGUUUACUUGCCGUGCAUUCAAAACAUCUUCGGAGUCAUUAUCUUCAUUCGCAUGACUUGGAUGACUGGAACUGCCGGCAUUCCCGCCUUCUUCGCCAUUGUUCUGCUCUGUUGUUCCGUUACUUUUUGCACGUCCAUUUCGUUGUCCGCAAUCGCCACCAACGGCAUUGUCCCGGCCGGUGGAUCCUAUUUCAUGAUAUCUCGCUCUCUCGGACCCGAAUUCGGAGGAGCGGUCGGCGUUUUGUUUUUCCUCGGAACUUCAGUGGCCGGAGCCAUGUACAUUGCGGGGGCGGUGGAGAUUUUGCUCAACUAUUUGUGUCCACAAUUUGCGUUAUUCGGAGACUUCGAGGCCGACAAAGACAUUCUCUAUCAUAACAUCCGAAUCUAUGGAACGCUUUUCCUCGCAAUCAUCGGUUUUAUGGUCUUCAUUGGCGUCCGUUUCGUCUCCAAGUUCGCGCCAAUCGCCCUGCUCUGUGUCCUCAUUUCCAUCGCUUCCAUUUACGUCGGGAUUUUCGUCAAUUACUCCGGAAUUUCCAAAUACGAGAUUUGCGUAAUCGGAGAACGACUUCUCUCAACCAAAGGUCAAAUCAAUUGUUCGGAACUGUCUCUGGAACCGCUCUUCUGCAACCAGACAUAUUGCGAUCCGUUCUUCGCCGCCAAUCGCCACCGCGUUCACACGGAACUGGCGAUUCCGGGUCUAAGUUCUGGUGUUUUUUGGGACAAUAUAUUUCCGAAAUUCCGUUCGAAAGACAGUCUCGUCGUUAAAGGGAUUUCUCAUUCGGUUUCCGCCGAAGAAAAGCCAUUUCUGACGCAAACCAACUCUGUUUUCGUGGACAUCACCACUUCCUUCACGAUUUUGGUGGCAAUUUACUUUCCGUCUUGUACGGGAAUUCUGGCCGGAUCCAAUCGUUCGGGAGACUUGGCGGAUGCGCAGAAAGCGAUUCCUUUGGGAACUCUUGGCGCUCAGUUGACGACAUCUUUUGUCUAUUUGUCGGUAAUUCUGUUAUUCGGCGCGUCUUUUAAUCCGCUUUUCAUUCGCGACAAAUUCGGCGAAUCGUUGGGCAAAGAGUUGGCCGUGACGUUGAUCUCGUGGCCACACCCUCUGCUGAUUCUGAUUGGCGCUCUGUUGUCGACAUUCGGUGCUGCGCUUCAGUCGCUGAUUGGUGCGCCGCGUCUUCUUCAGGCCAUCGCCAAAGACAAUGUGAUUCCGUUUUUGGAUUCAAUAGAUUACGUCAACAAAAGAGGAGAACCCGUCAAAGCAAUCAUGGUUUCGCUCGUAAUCGCCGAAUGUGCUAUUCUGAUCGGAAACCUGGACUUCAUAGCUCCGAUUCUGACCAUGUUUUUCCUCAUGUGUUAUAUGUUUCUGAAUCUGGCAUGUACCGUUCAAUCGCUUCUCCGGUCGCCAUCUUGGAGACCGCGCUUUCGCUACUUCCAUUGGACGAUAUCUUUGAUUGGCAUCUUCUUGUGUCUUUUGGUGAUGUUGUUGUCUUCGUGGAUCUACACCAUUUGCGCGAUGGCUUUGGCGGCUUUUAUCUACAAAUAUAUUGAAUAUCGCGGCGCAGAAAAGGAAUGGGGAGACGGCAUCCGCGGUCUCGCACUCUCCGCCGCCAGAUUCUCGCUGUUGCGUCUGGAGGAAGGGCCGCCGCACACCAAGAACUGGAGACCGCAGUUGUUGUGUUUGGUUAAACUGCAGGACUCUUUGGAUGUGAGGAAUCGUCGUCUUUUGACUCUUGCUUCUCAACUAAAGGCCGGAAAGGGAUUAACUAUUGUGGCGUCGGUUCUUCAUGGUCAAUUCGAACAAGAUGCCGGACUCGGGAAUGCGGCCAAACAGAGUCUCAGGUCAACAAUGGACAGGGAACGCGUCAAAGGGUUCGCGGAAGUGGUCGUCGCCCGAGACGUCGCAGCAGGUUUGAGUCACGUGAUUCAGACGGCAGGUUUGGGAGGUUUGAAACACAACACCGUGAUGUGUGCCUGGCCUAACAAAUGGCGUCAUUCGACUUCGAGGGACAAACAUGUCCGGUUCUUGAGUUUGGUUCGGGCCGUGACUGCGGCGAAUGCGGCGUUGGUUGUGGCGAAAGGAUUGCCGCAGUGGCCAGACAAUAACGACCGAUUGGGCGGAACCGUUGACAUUUGGUGGAUUGUGCACGAUGGCGGACUUUUGAUUCUGUUGGCGUACGUGUUGUCUCAACACCGGACUUGGAGGUCAUGUCGUCUUCGGGUGUUUACUGUCGCGCAAUUGGAAGACAAUUCGGUUCAAAUGAAAAAAGAUUUGGAAAAGUUUUUGUAUCAUUUGCGGAUCGAAGCCGCCGUAGAAGUCAUCGAAAUGAGUGAUUCAGACGUCUCGGCUUACACUUACGAACGAACGAUUCUUAUGGAACAAAGAACUCAAGUUUUGCAGACAAUAGCGGCCAAUGAAAUGCCGGCCAUCGCGUCGUCCAAUGACUUGAAACCCGACGAACUCAAUGUCCGCCGAAUGCAUACCGCCGUUCGUCUGAAUGAAGCGAUUCUGGCCAAAAGUCACGCCGCCAAACUGGUCAUCGUGAAUAUGCCGGGAAUCCCGCGCAACAUGUCUUCGCAAAGCGGAUCCGAAACCAAUUAUAUGGAAUUCGUUGAAGUCUUGACCGAAGGAUUGGAACGCGUGUUAUUAGCGCGCGGUUCGGGUCGUGAAGUCAUUACUAUUUUCUCUUAGAUUAAGCACUAAAAGCACGUCAUUUAUGUCCGAACGCCGAAUUGGGUCACAAAACGCGUCG